AAAGGAAAAACUCUAUCUGGAAGUUGUCGUACUGAGGUCAUCGUUAGUGAAUGCUAUGGUUAUGGUGGUAGGAUGGAGCUACUUUACAGCUUGGAGCGUCUCGUCGUAUCCCCAGAUCUUGCUGAACAAACAAAGAAGAAGGCAUUCCGCUUUGGUUUUGGAAAACGAUGCAUUUACAGCGUUAUCGGUCUAAAUUUUGAUCUUCUCGCGCUAAAUGUUAUCGGAUAUUUGUCUUACUGUGUAUACAACCUUUCCAUGUUCGCUAGUAAAAAGGUUCAAGUAAGUUGUUUGACUUGGACCUUUUAUAGACUUUUAUAGAA